AGCAGCAUGUUCGUUUCUUCCGGCUUCGACUGAGGCGGGAUGAGGACCCUCGCGUUCCUUCUGGGCAAGGCGCUAAGGAGGAGGUUUCGCCUCCUGCUGGUCUUCGGGCUGCUGGCCGUGGGGCUCUGCGCAGCCUACCUGGAGCUGGUGGUGCUGGCCGACCGGAAUCCACACCCCCUGAACCACAGAUAUGGAAGCUGGAGUGAACUGGCGAAAGCACUUGAAGAUCAAAACAAACCGAGAGUUGAUCCAAGUCUUAAGUUCUAUUUGCCCGUAAAGACAAAUAUUCAGAACCAAACAGAACAAAAAAGCUGGAGCAAUAGGACCAGUUCUGCAACAUCGGAGAACACGGCUUCUGGGAUACCCAAGUUCCAAGGUCAAGUAAAUCUUCAUGUUUUUGAAGACUGGUGUGGUGGAUCUAUUGAACAAUUGAGGAGAAAUCUUCACUUUCCUUUGUAUCCUCAUACACGCACUACUUUGAAGAAGCUAGCAGUAUCACCAAAAUGGAAAAACUAUGGAUUGCGGAUAUUUGGUUACUUGCAUCCAUACAAGGAUGGUAUGUUUCAGUUUGCGAUUGGGGCUGAUGACAAUGCUGAGUUUUGGCUGAGCCAAGGAAAAAACAUCUCAGAGCUUCAACUGAUGGCCAGUGUAGGCAAGACUGGAAAAGAGUGGACAGCACCAGGUGAAUUUGGGAAAUUUAGAAGCCAAAAGUCAAGACUCGUGAAAUUGUCAGCUGCAAACAAAUAUUACUUUGAAAUUCUACACAAACAAAAUGACAAAGGAACAGAUCAUGUGGAAGUUGCAUGGAGAUUGGAUAAUCCGGAAGCCAAGUUUACUAUUAUUGAUUCUGAAUUCCUCUCUCUUUAUGUCGAUGAAACUCUUCUCAAAAUGGAUGAAGUUGCUCAUAUCCCACAGACACUAGCCACUCGGGCAAACCAGAUGCUGCCUAGUCAGGAUGCUGUAGAACAUCCAGCUGACAUGCUGAAAGCUGACCCCCGGGACACAAUUUAUGCAUUGCCUCUCUUAAGGAAAAACCAUAUCCGCAGGAUGAUGCCAGAAUGUCAGUACAAACCAAGUUAUGUGGUCAAUGGAUUCAAACUACACCGCUACCAGGGUCUUAAUUUUGUUCGAUUGUCCUUUGUGUAUCCCAAUGACUACACCCGGUUGACCCACAUGGAUUCACUUAACAAAUGCAUCUACCAGGAAAGUGACUUGUAUCUGAACAGGUUUGGAUUUUCCAAGUACAUGCAAAUGGAUCCACCGGAAGAUGGAUCAAAAAUACCAGCUUAUGAGGAGGACAAUUUUGAUGAUGCUCAGUAUGCAGAUCCAGAAGCAGCCAGGAUAAAGCCAGCAAAAGACCAUGUUGCAGCUGUUCAAUAUGACAGUGUUUAUGCUGACCCAGCUCAGAAACGUCGGAAUAUCUUGUCAGUUAUCCAAAAAAGGCAGAAGAAAGAUGAGAACAGAUAUAAAACCAAAGCAGAAAGUUAUUCUACAGCAAGGACCUCACAUUUGAUAGUCAGUGAAAACUUUCAAAACCUUCAAGACAGGAAUGUCCACAGAUCGACAACCAAAAGGAAAGAAGGAGGCAAGGAUUUGCAGACUGGCAAAAGACCCAAGAUGACUAAGGAACGUGGAAAUUCAACAAGAGAAGCCAGUCAAGCUCAGUUAGGCUUUAAUGCAACCAGAAACAAAAAAGCCUUAUUGGAUACCAUCAAAACUGGAAGGGACCCCCAAAACGUUGAAGAAGAAACUGGCAAGACAACCCUCCGAGAACAGCCUAUCCAUGAGGACCAAUGGCUUAAUCAAAUAGAUUCAUACAUAGCCCAACAUAAAGCCGCAGAUGCCGCUAAUGUCGUUUUUGAUAGGAGGGAUCUAGAUUCCAAGCAGCAAGUCAAGACUGAUUCCUCCCACCCAGCAACACAAAAGGAAGAAGCUGUUACAAUAGUGGAAGAAGAAAAUGAAGACGAAGAAGAAGCAGAAGAAAAUGAAGAUGAUUUAUUUGCUGCCCCUCCUCUUUUCUAUGACCCAAUAGUGAAUUGGAAGCAGACUUUCAAGGCAAGCAAUGUAGACUUCCAAGCUUUACGGUCAGACUGGAUUGAUUUGAAGUGUAACACUUCAGGGAACCUGCUCUUAAAAGAGAAGGAAGCCUCCACGGUUGUUCAAGUAUUCCUUAAAAAACUGAAGCAGAAGACCAAAGGGCGGUUCCAAUUGGAGCGCAUUGUGAAUGUGGAGAAGCGUCAAGACUACUUACGGGGCAGCCGCUACUUUCUGGAGCUGGAACUGUUGGAGCAGGGAAAGCGCCGAGUCCGUUUCUCAGAAUAUGUCUAUGCACGUGGCUGGCAGGGAAACAGCAACGGAGAGGAGGAAGCUAAUAUGAAGGAGCUGGCAUGGGGCCACCGCCGUCACCUGAUGACCAGCAGGGAGGAGCCUGUUCUCUGCUGGCCAUUAAGCUUCUUAUGGAAUCACCGUGCGGUUGUCCACUUUAUAGUGCCUGUGAAAAAUCAGGCCCGUUGGGUGAAGCAGUUCAUUUUUGACAUGGAAGAGCUAUUUAGGAUUACCAAGGACCCCUAUUUCAAUGUCAUCAUUGUAGACUACAGCAGUGACGACAUGGAUAUAGAAAAAGCUCUGAAACGGUCCACCUUGCAUAGCUACCAAUACUUGCGAUUGACUGGGAAUUUUGAGAGGUCUAAAGGUCUACAGGCUGGCAUAGACAAAGUCAGGGAUUCUCACAGCAUCAUUUUUCUUUGUGAUCUGCACAUCCAUUUCCCAGCAGGGUUCAUUGACUCUGUUCGGAAGCACUGCGUGGAAGGGAAAAUGGCCUUUGCACCCAUAGUUAUGAGGCUGAAGUGCGGUGCGACUCCACAACAUCCAGAUGGCUACUGGGAAGUUAAUGGUUUUGGUCUCCUGGGCAUAUAUAAAUCUGAUUUGCUUCGUAUCGGUGGAAUGAAUACCCAAGAAUUCCGUGACAAAUGGGGAGGAGAAGACUGGGAACUCUUGGACAGGAUAUUUCAGGCAGGCCUGGAGGUAGAGAGACUUUAUAUCAGGAAUUUCUUCCACCACUAUCACUCCAGGAGGGGCAUGUGGAAUCGACGUGUUUUGCAGAUCUGACACACCGUCUUUCCACUUCUGAAUCCCAUUUUGAGUUUUCUCUGGACACAUCACGAAGAAGACACCAGUUCUCUUUUCCACAGUGAUCACAGCAUAAAUUUUGAUGCUCAAGCAAAAAAAAAAAAAAAAGACAAAAUGGAGAGUUUUCAUUUAAUCACUGGAAAGAACUGACAAGAGAACGAUCCCGUUUCCACAAUCUUCUGUCCAAAUAGUUGAUUUUCAGAGGGUGGAAAACUUUCUCACCAGCAUAUCACAGUCUUCACUCACUGAAGAGUCUCUUUAUGGUGCCUUCUUUGUAUGGAUUUUUUUUAAACAAACAAACAAACCAGAAUGCUUUCAAUUCAUUCUUAGCAAAAAAUUUUAAAAAGCAAUGGAUUAUUAAAUGGAUUAAUACAGACUUCCAUGAUGUCUAAAAUCCUGAAGGAUCUCCAAUGUUUGAAGGACAAAUUGUCUAUCACCAAAAAACAAAAUAAUAUUGUGAAAGACUACAAACAGAAAGGUGUCAGAACUGAAAUGCCUUACAUAGUAUGCUACAAGAGGAUUAUACCCUCAUUAGAUAUAUUUGUAAGGGCGAUGCUCUUUUUUUGAGGUAAUUUAACAACCAAAAAAACUAAAAUUCAUGCCUUUGGAUUAACGUCAAUCAAUUGUUUGAUCUUUGCAUAGUGCUGUUCAACCUAAUGCAGGAUAUAUUAAGGAAUUUCUCUUCAUGUCUUCUCUUUUUGUAUUCUUAUAUUCUACUCAGGUACACUGAAAAAAACAUCGGCUUUAGAAAAAUGGAUAUAUUUUUCUUCGGUGACUAUCUACUGCUUCUUUCUCUCAAUCAAUGGGAUAUUUGGUGGACUGAUAGUCAAACUGCAUCUGAAAUCUUGCUAGGAUCUGAAUUGUUUUUGGCAGACACUUUUGUCAAUCGUGAUAAUCAUAGGAAUGAUACUGCAAAUAGGAAUAUGACCAUGGAACUGCCUGCUCUUUCUUGAAUUCUCUCUGUUAACACUUGGGAAAUUGACUGACAUUUCAGUCCCAGACAUCGGUACCAAGAAGCGUCAACAGCUUCAAUAUAGUUUUUUUUAUUUAUUGUGCAUUCUUACUAUUUUUAAUUGGUUUCCGUUUUUUAUUUUAAUGUAUUGUAAAACAUUCUAAGAGAAAAAAUGUUGAAGGGCAAGAUAUUAUUGUUUA